AUGCAGGGUGCAGACAUUAAUGGACUUGAAGCCAAAAUACAGAAACAUUACGUCGCCAGCUUGUAUGAAUCUGGAGAAGAUUACGGUCAUGGAAUGUUGGACUUGAACAUCUUAAUCCAGAAGAACCAGUGCGAAUGUUUGAACGAAUCGAACGACCAUCCGAUGGUGAAUGCGCUCAGUUCCAGCGGUGGUCAUCUGGUGUCCGAUUGUGACGAACAGUUGAUCAUUUCGAUUACCUUCAAUCAGCUGGUCAAAAUCAGUGCCAUCAAGUUCAAAUCACCGCCCUCUCUCGGACCGAAAAAAGUUUCGGUGCAGGAUCUGGUACUGGGGCAGUUGAACUUCGUUAAAUUUCAGAACGUGCAGAAUAUGCAGCUGUUCGUGAAGGAUAGCCAUUCUGGUGACGAGACGACCAUUAUCGAUCAUUUGGCCUUCAUCGGGUCACCGAUUGCAACGAAUAAGAUGGAUGACUUCCAGCGGGUGGCUGGGAAGAAGGGUGAAAACCACUAA